AUGGCAGCCGUUUCAAAUGCUAACUUCCAACAAAUUCCAACUCAUUCUAAUGCUCCAUAUAUUUCUGCAAAACAACGAUUGUUGAAUGAUUGGGCCGAUGCAAAUAUUGCACCAAAUAUGAUUCAAGGAAAGAUUGUCAAGCGAAAAAGAUCCGGAGACAACAAGGAAAAUGCGAAUUCUCAAAACUCGGUUAGUUUUUUAUUAUUUAUAUUUUUGAAAUUCAUAAAUCAUUUUCUAUUUUUCAGAAACGCAGCAAAUCCACGAAUUCUGCAACAAAAAAUGCUGUUCCCUUGGAAAAUCCUGUAGUUUUGCAAAAUAUUGUGAAUUCUAAUAAUCUGCAAAAUAUUGUCGCACAAAAUGCUGUGGGAAGAACCUUCAAACGACGCGGCAGUUCCCAAAAUUUGGCGGAGAAAAAAGGUUGCCGAGAAGAAAGAAGAUAA